AUGGUUUCAUUCAGUUUUGCUACUGGCAACAAUUUUUUAAAAUCUGAUUAUAAUUUCAGUUUGUUUUACUUGUUUGUAGUUAGAAUAUACACUAUGCUAUCAAAAGUUGAAGAAACACAGAUGGGGGCCAAACGUAAGAUGGCAUCCAAAUGGAAAACAUCGAAGCAGAAGAAAGCUCGGAAAGGGAACACACACAGUACAUCAGAGGUUGAACUGUCAAUGAUAGGACCUAUACAGCAUGCAUCACAAGAGGAGGAAGUUCUGCAAAACAAACACCUGAAUAAUUCCCAAGUUGAAGAGCGAGGUGUAGCAUCUAUGCAAGAAGUUGCAAAUUUGGAGGAGGAAAAUGAAGGCGAACAGUCAACUUACUCAAAGGCUGGAGAAAGACAGAGGCCCAAACAAAAGAGAAGGGCAAAACAGAAAACAUCAAAGCGAAAGAAGUCUCAGAAAGGAAAACCAGACAGUAAAUCAGAGGCUGAAGACCCAAGCAUGGCAUCUGUGCAGGAAGCUGUAAACUUGGAGGAGACAUGUGAAGGAGAACAGUCAGCUCUCUCAAAUGUUGAACAGUCAAUGAUAAGACCUAUACAGCAUACAUCGCAAGAGGAGGAAGUUCUGCAAAAUGAACACCUUAAUAGUUCACAGGUUGAAGAAGAAGGUGUAGCAUCUAUGCAAGAAGUUGUAAAUUUGGAGGAGGAAAAUGAAGGGGAACAAUCAGCUUCCUCAAAGACAGUAGAUAUUUGCUUGAGACUUUUUGUCAAGUUGACAAAAAUGUUCUUUGUUAUAAUGGUAAAAUUUGAAAGAAAUUUAUCACAUAUAAUGCUACAAAAAAAGAUUAUAAGCUGGUUAAUCUUUGAUGAGACAAGGAAUUAG